UACAAAGAGUAAGGCAGGGGGGAUGUAACCCACAUUAAAAAGGGAAAUUAAAAAAUAAAUAAAUAAAGUGUUAAGCAUUUCUUAUAUAAAUAUACCAUUAUGACUUGUUAAAACAUAUGUACAGGUGUAGUUCAUUAAAAGUUCACACAUUUCAUUGAUUCAGAAUCAACUGAAAAUGACUGAUAAUAAUUUAAUGAAUAAAUAAGGAGUAUGCCUUUUAUGGGAAUUCGGUGACGCUUCCCCUUUAAGAAAUGGCUGCUACAUUAGAGCCGGUGAAUUCCCGGAUUGAACGGAGGGAAAGUGCGGAAAAAAGUGGAGUAACACAGCUGAAAAGUAGUGUCUGUGAUUAUUAUUUUCUAUUUUCUCGUUAACGCAGCCAGUUUAUUGUUACAUGCUGAUAUUUGUCUGUUUCUUUGGGAAAGUUAUAAUAACAGUUUCUUAAUCGGACAGCUCCGGUGAAUAAUAGGAGUUUUCUAAGUUGAAAGAGAGGCUUUUGUAAUGUGUGAGUGGUGCGCAUGCAAGCUGAUGUAAACAUGAUGGCGAGCCAGACCCACGGACUUCAUUCUUAAAGGCAAGAACUCGUUUUUCCCGCGUGCGCGGGAGGAUUUCAUCAUCUACUGUUAAAUUCCACCGGUUUGGAUUAUAAAGAGUUGCUACCAGAGCGGUAGGAUUAUGGAGACAUUUCUUUUUUUUUCUGAAUAGGAAACGAACUGAGAUCUGAGAAUAAAGUGAAAGAACUGAACUAAGAUUUGAACAUAUUCGGAGCUGAAACUUCCUGGAGAUCUUAGCAGGAUGCACCUGACUGACCACCCCCAUCAUCAGGUGAUGGCAAUACCACCCAGCCAAUCAGGAUGCAGCAUUGGCAGUGAUUCUGCAAGCAGUAGCUUAUCAGAUAUUUAUCAGGCCACCGAAAGUGAAAUGGGGGACAUGGACCUGUCCGGACUCCCAGAGGCACCUGUGGACUCAGAGGACGAGGAUGAGGAAGAUGAAGACAUUGAGCGGGCCUCAGAUCCUUUGCUUGGCAGAGAUGUGGUGCGAGAGUGUCUGGAGAAAGAGCCGAGUGAACGCAAUGAUGAAGACAUUGAGCUGCUUUUGGAGUUUAUGCAUCAGCUACCGGCCUUUGCCAACAUGACCAUGUCAGUAAGACGAGAGUUGUGCACAGUCAUGGUGUUUGAGAUUGUGGAGCAGGCAGGCACCAUAAUUCUGCAUGACAAGCAGGAGCUGGACCUGUGGUACGUGAUUCUGAAUGGUGCAGUGGAGAUUAAUCACAGUGAUGGUCGCACAGAAAUACUCUGCAUGGGAAACAGCUUUGGCAUUUCCGCCUCCUUGGAGAAGCAGUGCAUGAAUGGAGAGGUGCGCACCAAAGGAGACGACUGCCAGUUGGUGUGUAUUGCCCAGAGGGACUACUGGCGCAUCCUCAAUCAUGUGGAAAAGAACACACACAAGGUAGAGGAAGAGGGUGAGAUUGUUAUGGUCAAGGAGCACCGUGAGCUGGACCGCAGUGGCACACGCAAGGGCCAUAUUGUCAUUAAGGGCACUCCAGAGAGGUUGAUAAUGCACCUGGUGGAGGAGCCUUCAGUGGUUGACCCGACCUACAUUGAGGACUUCCUCCUUACCUAUCGCACCUUUCUUUCCAGUCCAAUGGAAGUUGGCAAUAAAUUACUGGAGUGGUUCAAAAUGGACAGCCUCAGAGACACGGUCACACGGAUAGUGUUAUUAUGGGUGAACAACCAUUUUAAUGAUUUUGAAGGAAAUCCUGCCAUGACCCAGUUUCUUGAAGACUUUGAAAAGUUGCUGGAUGAAGCGAAAAUGAAGGGUCAUUUGCGCUUGCUGAACAUCGCCUCUGCAGCGAAGGCUAAGUGGCGUCAGGUGACGCUGCAGAAAGCAAGCAGAGAGUCAGCGCUAAACUUUAGCCUGCUGGGAGGCAGUGAGAGAGGCUUUGGCAUAUUUAUCGACAAUGUGGAAGUGGACAGCAAGGCCAAAGAGGCCGGUCUUAAACGUGGAGAUCAGGUAAUUGAGGUUAAUGGUCAAAGCUUUGAGAACAUAUCUUACUCCAAAGCUAUGGACAUUCUGAGGAACAACACUCAUCUCUCUCUUACUGUCAAGACCAACAUCUUUGUCUUCAAAGAGCUUCAGAACCGUGUGAGGCUAGAAAAGAAAAGCGGUGGCCCCCACAUUCCCAAAAUUCUGGAGAAAAAGGGCAACCGCUUCUCCAUUGCUGAGCUGCCAGGAGACAUCGAACUUCCAACAGACAACAAGAGCCACAGAAAAAUGAAGGCUAAUACAGUGUCAAGUGGACGUAGCAAGAUCCGUAAAAUGCUGGAAAAGACCAGGUUCAGCAUUCUUCCUCCCAAAACAUUCAGUGAUGGAGGGAUAGGCCAUUCUCAGGACGACAGCAUCAUCGGCACAAAACAAUCCAGGAACAGCAUGGCCAUUAUGCCCAUUACAGCCAGUCUGUCUUCAAGUAGCCCCGAUUUGCUGCAGCCAACUACCAGUGCACUAAAUUUUUCAAAUCCCACAGCAACUGCAUAUUACUACCUUCCAGACCAAGUGAUCCGUGUUUUCAAAGCAGACCAACAGAGCUGCUACAUCAUCAUCAGUAAAGACACAACAGCCAAGGAUGUUGUCUUGCAUGUAGUCAACGAGUUUGGCCUUAUUGCUGCUCCUGAGACCUACUCGCUGUGUGAGGUGUCAGUCAGUCCAGAAGGUGUCAUUAAACAACGGCGCCUACCAGAUCAGCUGUCAAAACUAGCCGAUCGCAUUCAGCUCAAUGGCAGGUACUACCUAAAGAACAACAUGGAAACAGAGGCCCUUUGCUCAGAUGAGGAUGCUCAGGAACUACUCAGGGAGAGCCAAAUCAGUCUUCUGCAGCUCAGCACUGUUGAAGUGGCUGCCCAGCUAUCCAUGCGGGACUUUGGCAUCUUUCGAAAUAUUGAGUCUACAGAGUAUGUGGACAAUCUCUUCAAAAUGGACAAUGGCAACACAGGCCAUCUAAAGCAGUUUGAGGAGCUCAUCAACCAAGAAACGUUCUGGGUGGCCACUGAAAUUUUGCACGAGUCCAAUGCACUAAAGCGCAUGAAGACCAUCAAGCACUUUAUUAAAAUUGCACUGCACUGCCGCGAGUGCAAAAACUUCAACUCACUGUUUGCCAUCAUCAGUGGUCUGAACCUCGCUCCAGUGGCCCGGCUAAGAGGCACAUGGGAGAAGCUUCCCAGCAAGUACGAAAAGCUUUUUCGGGACCUGCAGGACAUUUUUGACCCCUCACGAAACAUGGCCAAAUAUCGUAACAUCUUAAGCAGCCAAAGCAUUCAGCCGCCAAUAAUCCCACUCUUUCCUGUGGUUAAGAAAGACCUUACUUUCCUGCAUGAAGGUAAUGAUACAAAUGUGGAUGGCCUAGUUAACUUUGAGAAGCUACGAAUGAUUGCCAAAGAGAUACACAAUGUUAUCCGUAUGACCUCCACCAACAUGGACCCUGCAUUGAUGUUUCGCCAGAGGAAGAAGAGGUGGAAGAGUUUAGGGUCAUUGAGCCAGGGCAGCACAAACUCUAACCUGCUGGAUGUGCAGGGUGGCCAUAAGAAGCGUGUACGACGCAGCUCAUUGCUUAAUGCCAAGAAGUUAUAUGAAGAUGCUCAAAUGGCACGCAAGGUCAGGCAAUACCUGGCCCAGCUGCAGGUGGAGACGGAUGAGGAAAAAUUCCAAAUGAUGUCUUUACAAUGCGAGCCGGCCUAUAAUACCUUUUCAAAGAACUUGAAUGAAAGGAGAUCCGCCAAAUCAGACAUGUCUCCUGUGUCCAUGCGCUCAUCCUUGACUUCUGCCAAAUCACACAACCGUGUCUCCCAAGUUCUACAGGUUCCACCAGUCAGCCUCAAUCCGCUGCGCAAAAAGAGUAUUGCAGCUUCACACAACUCACCACAGCCUAUUAAGAAAACAUCUGUUUUAGUGGAUGACUGCAGUGGAAAGAGGAAUAAAGCCACUAUGUCUACUAUCUCCUUUCGUCCUAAUGCGUCUCCACAAAACUCCCCUCACAGAGGCCAUGGUUUGAUUCAGCUGAGUAAAUCGGACCAGCUGGACUCAAGCCAGAGUGAGAUUUCAUCACGUUCAAGCUUAAUGAGUAACAGCUCUGUGGACUCCAUACGUCCUGGCUCUGUUGAUGAAUACAGUACAAACAAAGCCACCAACCAGUCUGUGCAGUCAACCUCAGUACAUACACUUACUGCUUCAGAGCACUGCCAGCCCUAUACAAGUUCAUCUUCAGUAAGACACCCUGUGACCCGAGGCUCCACCUUUGCCUCCUCUACCAGCACUGAUGAGCUGAUGCUGCCCAUUUUAGAGCCAGCUGACAGUGGUCGAGAAAGCUGGACCUCAUGCUCCAGCAACUCACAUGACAACUUCCAAAAGAUGCUAAACCACCGCAACACACCAAUUGCAGACACAAUCACUGAGGUGGAUGAUCACGAGGCCAUUAACCAGCAUACUAUUGACAACCAAGAACUCAGCCAGUCCAGACAGAGCUGGGCUUCUUCCAGCUCGCUGUCAGACAGGUACAGAGGAAACAACUGCACUCGCAGAGAGAUGGCCAAUGGGCACCAAAGCACAGACCCUGCAUACAAAACAGUGACUUCAAGCACAGAGAAAGGACUUAUAGUGUACUGUGUAACAUCACCCUGCAAGGAUGACAGGUACAGGGAUCCGCCUCCAACCCUGCCUGGCUACCAGGGGCUUCCUCUGAGUGAUACACAGCCACGGGAUAGCAGAGCUUCCAGAUCAAGCCUACUAAAGCCACCUGACUAUAACAUGGCUUUGCAAAGGUCCAAGCUUCUGGGAGACACACAAAGACUGACAGCUGGGCAGCAAACCACCUUCACCAUUCCUGCCAGUGUAGAACCUCAUGCUUUAGCUGAUAGUGAGGAGGAUGAGCAGGUAUCGGCGGUGUGACAGCCCUGAGAGGUGUGUGAGGAAAGAAGAUGAAGUGUAUAAAGGAAAGCCCUAUAAGCUAAAACCCUUCACCUUGUUAUCUUACCAAAACAUCACAAGCAGUGACUCUUUGACUCGGUGCAUUUACACCUCUAUUUUCUUAUUUUUAAUAUGUAAUUUUUAAUCGCAGACCUAAUGUUUAACAAAGCUGCAUGCAGUAUAAAGCUUGACACGUUGGUAAAUGCUUCCUUUUGUAUUCUGUCCAGCUAUGGCAGGAAAUUCACUGCCAUGGUGCCAGUGUUUAAAAGAAUGUUGCUUAGGGACCAAGUGGCAUUUUAUUUAAUUGCUGUCUGUAAACAAACAGUUUUUAUAUAUUCAUAUUUGAACUUCAUGUUUAACAGCAGGUAGUCUUGGUAGCUCACAGCUGCAUGGUUCAGGGUUCAAUACUGAGCUUCUGUUAAUUUCUGUGUCAAUUUAGACUUGUUCACUCUGUGUCUAUGUGGGUUUCCUCUGGAUACUCCGGUUUACUACCAUCUCACAAAACAAACUGGUAGGGUGUGCUGUGAUGUGGUAGCAUCUCUAUUUAUUCCUAGCACCCAUUUCUACCUUGACUUGGCUAUCCGGAUACUGAAGCUAAAAAAAAUUAAUAAAAGAAUGUGAACAUUUGAUGACGGUUGGUUGGUGCAGUGGUCUUAUAUGCUAUAUGCACGAACGGAUUGAGAAAUAGUUAAACAUUGAUGCUGCAGUUGUGGCCUCUGCUGGCUGGUCGAGGCGCCUGCAUGAGGGCUGGUUGAGCCACAGAUGGCAGUGCGUGACUCAGCGUACGUGAUAGUGCUCUCUGUAAGAUCCCGUCUCUGGCAGGGUGAACAGAAGCAGUCAGUGACUGCAGUCAUGUUGGAAGGGGGCGUUUGAUAGCCUGCAGCUUUUCUUGGUAAAGGUGGCUGGCUGCAGUGGCAGAGAAAAUGACAGUUAGGGAAUUGGAUAUGACUACAUUGAGAAAAAAAGGAAUGAAAUGCAAAAAUAUAAUUAAAAAAGAAUUUUGAAUGUUCAAUUUUAUCUAAAAACGUGCAAAUGCUUAAGAUUUUGCCUAAUGCAAUUGUGUGUGACUUAUUCUACCUCAUAAAAUGUUGAGCUUUGUUUUAAACCUAAAAAAAGAGAAAUGUUAUGCCUAAGUUUAAUCUGUUUUAUAUUCUAGGUGUUUCAGAAUGUUUACAUAAUGAAGUGCACAUGGCCAGUUUAUAUUUUGCAAUAAUUACCUGCCGCCAUUCCAUGUAUAAUUUAGUUGUGAAAUUCCUUAUCCUGGAAGAGCAUUGUUUUAAACAAUUACACAUGCUCUCUCCACACAAUUGCUCCAACUGCUGAAUGCAUUGCUCUGGAUGUAGAAAUGUUCAAGUUAAUACAACAGCUUAGCUGCUAUAAAAUCUGAAACGUUUGAUACUUUACUGCUGCUAAUUGCAGUGGCACUGUAAAAUUAUGAUAACGGGCAUAACUGAACUGAACUGUAUUAUUGUUCUGUACCAAACAACAUGGGAGUUGUUUUUUUUAUUUAAAAGAGGAAGGUGUAGCUGAAGCACCACUGCUUUGUUGCCUACAUUAAUGUACCUCAUGCACCAUCUUACUUGUAAAUGUGAUAUUUGUUAUUUUGUAAAUAGUUUGAAGCAAACCUUGCUUGUCAGGUUAGAAUAUAUGUACAUGUUGGUUGUGAAUUUGAAGGCCCUUUUAUAUCUAAUUUUAAUUUUUUAUGUUUAUAUGUUGCUUCUUCUAUGUAUAUAAAUAUCUGUACAGCACAUCCUGUCUACGCCUUAGUUACAUUUUCGAAUGUGUGGACAAAUUGUAUUAUACUAAGGGAAAUAACUAGAGUAUUACAUUCUUCAGGCCUUUUCUUCUGACAAUUUCUGGAGAUAUUACUGGUUUUAAAUAUGAAUAUGAAUUUUUACAUACUUAUUUUUGCUUCGUUGUAAAUCCAUGGUUUUGAUUAUGUAUAGCUGAAAGAACGUUCU